CUGCGUAUCAAGCGAACAUAAAAUUAUGUUCUACUCCUAUCAAUCAAGCAAACCAAAUAGCCAACAUGUCAGCUGUUUCUAAAACGAGCUUAUAUGCCGAUUUAAACCGUUUUGGUCAGAACCAGGAGUACGAAAGAGCUUUGAAAUGUGCAAAUAGAAUUUUACAGGAAGAUGCAAGUGAGGUGGCAGCUUUCCAAUGCAAGAUUGUCUGCUUUAUUAACCUAGAGAAGUUUUCAGAAGCUCUUAAUGCUAUCAACAAGGACAAAUCCAUGCAGAAUGCUGUACGUUUUGAGAAAGCCUAUUGUGAGUAUAGAUUAAAUCGAACACAGGAAGCUGUAGCAACUCUUCGUGCAGGUGGGGACAACUUGGAUAAUAGAUGCAAGGAGCUCCUGGCUCAAGUAUUGUACAGAUUAGAGGAGUAUGAUGAGUGUUACAAGUUGUAUAGGGAUCUUAUCAAGAACUCACAGGAUGAAUUUGACGAGGAAAGGGAGACAAACUUGUCAGCAGUGCUUGCAUCACUACAAAUGUGGGAUGGAACAGAUGUGGAAGAGUCGAGUUCAAGAGAUAGUACCUAUGAGUUAUGUUAUAACCAUGCCUGUUACCUGAUAGGGAAAGGGGACCUAAAAGGUGCUGAGCAGAAACUUAGACAAGCUGAAGAAAUGUGUAAGGAAAGUUUUGCUGAUGAUCCUGAUGUGACAGAGGAGGAGAUUGCUGAAGAAUUAGCUAUCAUUCGGGUGCAACUAGCAUACAUACUUCAGAAGUUUGGCAGGAAUAAUGAGGCUAUAACCUUGUAUAAUCAAGUUCAGAAAUACAGGCCAUCUGAUGUGGGAUUGAUGGCAGUUUUGUCGAACAAUGUAGUGGCUGUUAAUAAAGACCAGAAUGUGUUUGACUCUAAAAAAAAGAUGAAAAUUGCAACAGGUAGUAAUUUGAAACAUAAAAUGUCAGCAUGUCAGAAGCGUGAGAUAGAUAUCAACCAGUGUUUAUUACACAUGUACUCUAACCAGAAUGAACAGUGUCAUCAAGUAGCUGCCAAGUUGCAGGAUCAGUACCCUGGAAUUAAUACACCAGUGUUGAUAGAGGCAGCUCAGUAUGUCAGGGAAAAACAAACACCUAAAGCUAUUAAACUUCUAGAGGACUAUCUUGAGACAGGAGACAGAGGUUCGUUCAUUGAUGUCUGGUUGACAAUUGCUCAGUUACAUCUGUCUGUUGGAAGUGUGUAUCAAGCAUGUGAUUCCCUCAAAAAGCUAGGAGAUCUGCAAUAUAAACCUGGCAUGGUUUCUGCCCUUGUUACAUUGUACAUGAGUGAGGAAGAUGCAGAGUCUGCAAUGGAGGUUUUGUCAGCAGCUGUAAACUGGACUCGCAAACAUCAGACAAAGUCUGAGGCCAUGCAAACCUUGUUGAAAGUGAAUACCAACUUCAUGUUGAAACAUGGAAGUGCUGAGAAUGCAAUUAAACUCUUGGAAGAAUUACGCAAAAAUAAUCCAAAAGAUUCAAAAGUGCUAGCCCAGUUGAUUGCAGCCUAUUCUAAAGUAGAUCCUGCCAAAGCCCAGAAGAUAAGUCGGGACCUACCUUCAGUGGAUGACAUUGCCCAGUCUGUUGAUGUUGAAGCUUUAGAGACAGCCUUCAGUUCUCUUGGACCGAAAUACAUGAAGAAAACACAGAAAGCUGAACCGUCCCCUGGACCAUCUGGUGACACAGCUGCUCUUAUACAAAAAAAGAAGAAGAAGAAAAAGAAGAGUAUGUGUAUUUAUUGUAUUAUUAUGUUUUUAUCUUUUUAUAUGGAGAUAAGUUGGAAUACUUUGACUUCCUCAUAUAUAAAUUAAUUAAUUGUUUGUAAU